AUGGCGGCGGUAUCGGCGUUCACGGUGGCCUCUCUGCAGCUGGGGCUGGACGCGCUGGCCGAGCACGCCGGUCAGCAGGGUGGAGGCCUGGGCCAGGAGGCCGGACCCAUUUUGGAGGGCUUCCUCGCGGCCACAGAGAUCCUCAUUGAGUCGGCCGAGGAGGUGGCAGCCUCGCAGGGGAACCCCACCCUGCGCGAUGGGAUCUUCGACUACGCGCGCAAGCUGCGGCAUCAAUCCAACAUACUGCAGGCUAUCAUGACCGGCUUGGAGGAUGGAGGGGGUGAUGCCCGGACCAAGGAAAUGGCGAUCGAUGCGUUGCGUACGAUUGGCGAGCUCACGUCAGAGCUGAUGGAGGUCGAGGAGGACACCGACCAGAAGAACCUGAACGACGCCACCACCGAGUGCGCCGCGGCGGCCAAAGAGCUGGUGAUCAAGGCUCUCCACGCUCCUGACCAAGUCAACGAGCCCACACGGGUGUUCGCCGUCAAGUCCGUUGCCUUGGUGCGGGUCCUGUCGAACAUGGCCAACAAAUACCACAGCAUCGAUGCCGACAUCGCCUCGCAGUUGCGGUUGGUGAGCAAUGCUAUAGCAGGGGUCGCGCCCAGUCUCAUCAACGCGGUGACGAACCUGCAUAACCCUGGACAAGAAGGCGAUUCCCUGCUCAAGCACGUGCAGGCCCUCACCCAACACAUCCAGCAGGCCCUUUCUAUCAUCGGCAGUGCCAAGAAAGGAACCAAGCUGGAGAUACCACCACAGCUUCUCGCCAAGCGCGAAACUGUCAGCGCUACGACCGGAAGGAGGAAGAAGACGAUCGAAAGCGCCUCUCAAGGAAUGGAGGUAUUGCGGCGAGCCCGAGGGCUGACUCGCAACAUGGACGCCCAAAAGGGAGUCGGGCAGGUGCUCGAUAUGGCGGCGGGGUCGGCCACUGCCGGGGCGCCCUCGGUGAGCGUUCAGCCCACAACAAGCCCCACCAUCAACAACCCCAACCCGCUUCAGCAGCAGGACCCGGAGAAGGAACGGCUGCGGUACGCAGUGGAGCUGCUCAGGGCCGAAAACGACCGCCUGCGCGCCAAGCUGAGCCAGAUCGCCGCUCUGGCCACGCCCUGA